CCCGGUAAUGGUUCCAGUCGUUUUUUCACGAUUAAUUUUUGCAUCUGUGAUUUUAUAACUACUGUUUCGUCUAGGCUUAACUUUUUGAUAACCGUGUAAUUCUCUCUUGGACAAGAGUGAGUCUACCUGAAGUGACUACACUUCAGGAGAGGUGACGUAGUGUCAUAGAGGUGACAUAGCGUCUUGUGGAAGAUGCCUUCCAAUAAGUCUGUGUCGACGGCGCCGAUCACCCAGUUCGUCAACUGCAGGAUACUAAGAGAUCACAAGCUGCAGAGAGAGGAUCUGUGGGUGCGGGAAGGGAGGAUCCUAGACCCAGAGAAGUUGUUCUUUGAUGAGGAAGGCUACGCAGAUCAACGUGUAGACUGUGAAGGCCUCAUCAUCGCUCCUGGGUUCAUUGACGUUCAGAUCAAUGGAGGAUAUGGCAUCGACUUCUCGCAAGCAACCAGUAAUGUCAGAGGAGGUGUGGCCCUAGUAGCCAAGAAAAUCUUGGAGCAUGGUGUCACCUCCUUUUUACCCACCCUAGUCACCUCCCCUCCAAACAUCUACCACAAGGUCUUGACUGAGGUGAAAGUUCACAGUGGAGGAGUGGAGGGAGCUGGAGUUCUGGGCUGUCAUCUAGAAGGUCCAUUCAUCAGUUUAGAGAAGAAGGGAGCCCACCCGGAGCAGUACCUGCGCUCCUUCGAGUCGGGCGGCAUGUCGGACCUGAUUGAGACCUACGGGACCCUGGAUAACGUUGCCAUGGUGACGUUGGCCCCCGAGCUACCCAACAGUGAGAAGGUGGUCAGAGAGCUGGCUCAGAGGGGCAUCACUGUUUCUCUAGGACACUCUGUAGCCAACCUGUCCCAAGCUGAGGAGGCAGUGCAGCACGGAGCUUCAUUCAUCACACAUCUCUUCAAUGCCAUGCUGCCUUUCCACCAUCGAGACCCGGGCAUCGUGGGUCUCCUCACCAGCGACCAGGUUCCCCAGGACCGGACGGUCUUCUACGGAAUGAUUGCUGAUGGCAUCCACACCAACUCUGCCGCCCUGCGUAUCGCCCACAGGGCACACCCUACAGGUCUAGUGUUGGUGACUGAUGCUAUCACAGCCAUGGGUCUACCUCCUGGUCGCCACACCUUGGGUCAGCAAGUCAUUGAGAUCCAGGGGCUCCAUGCUUAUGUAGCAGGCACCAAUACGCUCUGUGGCAGUAUAGCCACAAUGGACAUGUGUGUCAGGCACUUCAAACAGGCUUCAGGCUGCAGUGUGGAGGAAGCUCUGGAGGCAGCGUCGCUCCACCCAGCUCAGCUCCUGGGCAUCAGCCAUUGUAAAGGCACCCUGGACUAUGGGGCAGACGCAGAUCUCGUUCUGCUGGAUGAUGCUCUCAAUGUCAGAGCCACCUACAUCGCAGGCCAGGAAGUGUGGAGGAAGUGACAUCAUAAUAAUCAGUCCCCUACCGCCGCCCCACCUACGUGGAACAAAUGGGGAUGUCCCAAAUGGCACCCUAUUCCCCAAAUAGUGUCCUACUUUUGACCAGAACAGAGCAUCAUAAAGGGAAUAGGGUGCCAUUUGGGACACGGGCAAUGCCUGGCUGCAUUGUGCUGGACACUCAUCUCAGACCCUAGAUGGCACCACUCUAUAAGAAGAAUUUGUGAUGUGGCACAGAGAAGUGCACUAUGUAGGGAAUAGGGUGCUAUUUGAGUUACAUGCUGGUAAAAUGGAGCCACUUGUAAAAUGCUACAGUAUAGAAUGCUAUAGUUUUUUGGGGGGGCUACAUUUUUUAUUGACAUUUUGCAUUAAGACAACAUAUACUGCAGUGCAAUGAUUUAAAUAAUCUGUUGUUUGAUACAUGGGAACAUAGUACUGGCAUAACGCAGUUUCUCUGGACCCCUGUCCAUUGCGACAUGUCUAUGCAGCUGCAUGCCUGUCGAAUCGAUAAAAGGCUUUCUGUGGUGCCAGGGCAUGUAAAGCUUUGCUUUAGCUAAUGGAUAAAUGUUUAUUGGUAGGCCUAUUUGGUCAUAAUUUUCUCAUGUUAAGCCUAACAUUUCACAAAUCUAUACACGGUGUCGCAAUGCUAAAAUUUGUUGACUGCUGGCUGAUGGUAAUAAUGUAAUUACUUGUUUAGUAAUUAAAGUUGGAAAUUCAAACAUU